UUCACAGUUGAUACUUACAAUUCGUAAGUUGUACUAAAUUGCAGCCGGUUUCGAUUUUGAUUUUGUGUGUAUUUGUGCCAUUUGUGAAUUAUUAGACGGCAGAAAGAAAAUAUAUUAAGAGAAGUGCUAUUGAAUUCAAUCGUGGAAUUAAUUAACUGUCUACAUUUUUAGAAAACAAAAACAAAAAAGUUAACAUUUUUCAAAUUAUAAAAAUGGCGUCCAAUGAUGGUCAAGAAAGCGGUGAAAUUGAUUUGUCAGGCGAGGUUCUAAAAACGUUAAGUGACAUAUGUAUGAAGGAUAUACAUUCUGAUGUGACACUCAUUGUUGAAAACACGAAAAUACCAGCUCAUAAAACAAUUUUAUCAGCCCGAAGUCCUUACUUUCAAACAUUAUUUAAUGGUAAUUUUGCUGAAUCAACCAAGGACGAGAUCGAAUUAAAAGUUCCGUUGGAUGCAUUCAAAGAGAUUUUGAAGUACAUUUACACGGGAUGCGUAUCGCUCGUCAGUUUAGAAACCGAUAUAAUUAUGGAUAUGUGUAAAUUGACGGAAAUGUAUGACUUUGGAUCACUAAAAAUGGCUAUGGCCAAGUAUACGACGGGAAGCGUUACGAUAAGCAAUUGUGUUUCAACUCUAAAUUCGGCUGGUUUAUAUUCAAUGAGCGAAUUGCAAACUGAGUGUUUGACAUUUAUGGAUCGGAAUGCCAGUCCUUUACUGGAACACGAGACAUUUAAAACACUAUCACAAGAUUCCCUAAGCACAUUAUUGAAGCGGGAUACAUUUUAUGCAGCUGAAAUUGAUAUUUUCAAAGCGGUCCAAAAUUGGUCAAAGCAUAAUCCAAAUGCAGAUGCAAAAGAAGCCUUUUCAUUUGUACGAUGGUCAUUGAUGAGUUCCGACGAGAUAUUUAAGACUGUUUUACCAAGCAACAUUUUGGAGCCAGCUCAGAUUUUAAAUAUGAUGAAAGAUGAUCGUGACUCAAGUGGCACGGCAUCUCGUAUUCCAUUUACACAAGAAAAAGACUUGACAACUUUGAAUCUGGCAACUACCGAAAAGGGCGCAAAAACUGUUUGCGGUGGAAAUGCAUCAGUUCUUUUGGACGGAAAUUUUACGGACUAUGACUUACGUGCAGGUUACACAUAUCAUAGGAUAUGUCCUUUCUACUACCCUAAAAUGUACGAAGAUUUUAAUGGAAAAAAGAAAAUAAGUUCAUCAAUAAUUGUUGAUCUUGGAAGAGUCAGUAUGAUAAAUUUCAUUCGGAUUUUGUUGAAUGACAAAGAUGAUCGCUCGUAUUCAUAUGUGGUUGAUACAUCUAUCGAUGGUGUUCAAUAUGAAACACUUAUUAAUUACACACGAAAUUAUUGUCGAUCUUGGCAAAAUUUGUAUUUUUCUCCACAGCCUGUUCAAUUUAUCAAGUUAGUUGGUAAAGGAACUAUUGGUAUGAUCCAUCGCCGACAUGGUUUCAGUAAGUUCUUCGUAAACAAAAUUCCUUAUAGAUCGUUUGAUGUAGUUGGAUUGCAAGCAAAUUACCUUUCAAAACAAAACGUAGAAAUGAUUGACGGGUUUAUUAAACCAAAUUAUAACAUUGCGAACUUUAAGAUUGAUUUUGGUGUCAAAGUUAUUAAGGGCGUUGGUGGUAACAACAUGUUAAAUGACAAUCCAAAAGAAUUUACAUGUCACGAGAAAAUCCUCGGCUGCAUUUUAUUACAAUUUAAUCAACCUUACUAUAUUGGUUCGUUGCGAAUGUUGCUUGGAAAUGAUAAGUACAAUUCCAACAGAUAUUCGUUCUAUAUUGAAACUUCCACUGAUACAAAGAAAUGGAAAAUGGCAGUUGAUAAACGAAGCGAGAGUCUAUCAGGAUGGCAAGAAUUCACGUUCAAACCACGCCCAACAACAUUCAUCAAACUGACUGGAAUUCAAACUGACAUUCCUUUCAUCUGUACCUAUUUCGAGUGUCCAUGCGAUCCGAAUAAACCACUUAUCAUGUCAAAAACUUUUAUUUGAUUUCAAUUACUCAGACAAUAUAUUGAAUUAACUGGUCAGUUGAGCUGACAGUACGUUAGCCUAUUAUGGGCUAAAACAAUAGACGUUAUUGUUUUAAUGAUGAAUCACUUCUCUUGCUUUAAUAGUAAUGAUUGUUCAUUAAAACAAUAACUUCUAUUGUUUUAGCCCGUUUAGCCAGCUAACGUACUGUCAGCUCAACUGACCAGUUAGUUCAAUAUAUUGUCUGCAAUUACUUCAAACAUUUAUAAUCUAGUAAAUGGGACAAUAGUUGAGAUAACUGAUUUUACAAUGCAAAUUUUGUAUUUUAGUUUUAAAUUUUCAAAUAAACAAUAUUUAAAAUGUUAUUUACAUUGUUACUUCUAAA